CUUUCCUCAGCGGUUCAUUCUCUUACUUCCAGCGGCUGUGCCGGCCUUGUCCUUAAGGCGGCGCAGUUUGGAGCUCUCCUCGCGGAGGUAGACUCCCUACCGUUUAAAAGGCAGGUAGGGGACGGGAAAGGCCAGCGCCGGCGAUGGGAAAGACGGUACUCCGGACGGCUCUGCGUCUCUGUUUCUUUCUCCAGCGCCCUCUGGGAGCGGAGAAAGCGACCCUUGAGGGAUCAAGCUGCUGCUGAACUUGGCAGCUGGGUGGUCCCCUCCCGCCGUUCCCUCCGACGUGGAAGUAUCGCUGCGGCGCUCCCUCGCCGCCCUGCCCCCUUCUUGCCUCCUGAAAAUACUUCGCUGCUGGCCGCCGAGCGCUCUUGGAGCCGGGAAGGAGCCGAGCCAGACGGCGCCGUCGAAAGCAGCAACCUCGCUGACGCAGCAGUAGGCUUUGGACUCCCCACCAACAGCAGAGCGGGCGGGGGACCCUUCGAUCAUUCAGUGCUGAAGGAAUCCCGGGAGCUCCCUUUCGAUGGAGGGGGAGGCAGCGCGGCGAGCGAAGCCAGAGAGCCGGUCAAGCAACGUCCACAGAGUGGAUCCAUAUGGCUUUGAAAGACCAGCAGACUUUGACUAUGCCACAUAUGAAGAAUUCUUUUCUAGAUACUUAGUGAUACUCACUCGAAGAGCAAUUAAGUGGUCCAAACUUUUGAAGGGAAAUACUAGGGUACAGAAAAACUUAAAAGUUAAACGCUAUAUCAGAAAAGGUAUUCCAAAUGAGCACCGGGCCAAGGUCUGGAUGGUAGUGAGUGGUGCUCAGUUGCAUAUGGAUCACAAUCCAGGCUACUACCAGAAAUUAUUGGAAGGAGACCAAAACAGCAAACUUGUGGAAACAAUUAUGACAGACAUAAAUAGGACAUUUCCAGAUAAUAUAAAGUUCCACAAAACUGCUGUUCCCUGUUUACAGAAAACACUCUACAAUGUAUUAGUAGCAUAUGGGCACCAUAAUCCAUCUGUGGGAUACUGCCAGGGCAUGAAUUUCAUAGCUGGAUACCUGAUUCUUAUUACAAGGAAUGAAGAGGAAUCAUUUUGGUUAUUAGAUGCUCUCAUCGGCCGAAUAUUACCUGGUAUGUCUGAAUCUUAUCUUGCAACUCAUUUCCUGUGUUUCCUGUUUCCUUUAAAUUACUAUAGUCCAGAAAUGAUGGGUCUGAAAACAGAUCAAGAUGUUCUUGGACAACUUGUGAAAAUGAAGAUUCCAGCUGUGGCAGAAUUAAUGGAAAAGCAUGGCAACUUGUGGACUUUGGUGGUGUCCCGUUGGUUUAUAUGUUUGUUCAUUGACAUUCUUCCAGUAGAGACUGUACUCCGAAUUUGGGACUGUUUGUUCUACGAAGGAUCAAAAAUAAUAUUUCGUGUGGCCUUAACAUUAAUUAAGCAACACCAAGAUUUCAUUUUGGAAGCUACAAAUUUCCCCGAAAUCUGUGAAAAAUUUAAGCAGAUUACUACAGGACCAUUUGUAACAGAGUGUCACGUUUUCAUGCAGAAAAUAUUUACUGAACCUGGAAGUCUGCGAAUGGCUACAAUAAACAAACUACGAGAUACAUGUAGAGCAAAUCUGAUUGCUGCAAUAUAAAUGAACAUUUCUUCACUUGCUCAGAUACAAUUUUCUCAGGCAGCUAUUGAUACUUCACUAAUUAGCUCCAGUCUUUCAUGUGAUCAGUGUUUUUUAAAAAAGCACAAACACCUUAAUUAUGUAAAUAAAAUGUGAUCUAUAUAGAUGUAACCCCUUUUCAACAAAUGGACUAUAUCUUUUCAGACGUUUUUGUAAUAACAAAAUACAAAACAUAUAAUAAAGUAUAUUUGAAGCUA